GGAACUGUGUGAUCGUAAAAACGAGCUUAAAAUCACUUUGAGAUACGAUCUUUCUCUCUCAUCGUGCACAAGUCCAAAGCUUCUCUCUCGGAGACGUUUUACAGGUGAUCGGCGAGAGAAGCAAAGGCCUCGGAUCGGCUUUGCUUUCAUCACUUUCUGAUUUGAGUAGGCGUCAAUUGCAGUUAGGAUGGCAUCAAAAUUGAAGCAAUUGCAAUCUAAGGCAGGUCAAGCAUCACAAUUUUUGUCCAAGCAUGGAACUACUUACUACAAGCAGCUGUUGGAGCAGAACAAACAGUACAUUCAGGAGCCAGCCACUGUUGAGAAAUGCAAUGAGUUGUCCAAACAGUUGCUCUACACUCGUCUUGCCAGCCUCCCUAGGCGUAACGAGUCAUUCUGGAAAGAGCUGGAUCAUGUGAAAAAUUUAUGGAAAAACAAACAAGAGCUGCACGUUGAGCAAGCUGGAAUCGCGGCUUUGUUUGGGCUGGAAUGCUUUGCAUGGUUUUGUGCGGGUGAGAUUGUUGGAAGGGGGUUCACGUUCACCGGUUACUAUGUCUGAUUAAUGAGAGAUUAAAGUCGGAAAAGAAAAAGCUGUUUUCCGGAAACAACUAUAAAAGGCUUUUCUGUGUAAUGUUUUACAUUAUUUUUUGGAAAUUUUGAAGGCAGUUGCAUCAAUAAUCUGCAUCUUUAGGGUAAUAUGACUCUAUUUCAAAGUGUUUGCAGAAUGACAAGAAUUGUUUUCUCUUGCAGUUGUUUUGGAAGUGUCUUCAUUUUCU